GCGUUUUGUUUGGCCGCUUGGCUAUGCUCAAGAGGGCCUCGGAGCAUUGAGUUUCUUUCUCCUUAAGGGUUAGUCCUCGCGAUGGCUACCAUGAGACUAAGGGCGAGUCGCUGUCUUGGCGACACAUAGCUGGUCGCGUGAAGCACAACUGUGACCGGUGCGCAAGGCGGUUCACCGGAGCUCCCUUGCUAGCAACUUAAAAUCUUCUGCCUUUAAGAAAAAAAAAAUCCUUGGAAAUAUAAUUAAGAAGGAGGACUGUAUCCUACUUCAGCUCCGCUUGGGGCUUGAAUUACAAAGGAGAAUUUUGGCCAGGAUUGUGACGAAACCUAAAGCUUUGUUUGACUCUCUCUUUCCGUUUUUGGGGCUGUUAGAUUUUGGACAAGAGCGCAACGCAAGGAUGACAACUGAGGCUUCGCAGCAACAACUGGAUCCACCACCUCCUCUCAGAUCCAGUCCGGUGUCCGGUUCAGUGCACUCGGCACUUCAGAGCUCACAGACGGUACUGGAGAACACGUCAGCUGCGGGCAGCACCAAAGGCAAAAAGUCUAAUUCGGGUAUGAGGCGCCCUGAAAAGCCACCCUAUUCUUACAUCGCUUUGAUUGUAAUGGCUAUACAAAGUUCGCCGACCAAAAGGCUAACGCUGAGCGAAAUUUAUCAGUUCCUUCAGGCACGUUUUCCGUUCUUCAGAGGGUCUUAUCAAGGCUGGAAAAAUUCCGUUAGGCACAAUCUGUCUCUGAAUGAAUGUUUCAUCAAACUCCCCAAAGGCCUGGGUCGCCCGGGAAAGGGUCAUUACUGGACCAUAGAUCCCGGCAGUGAGUUUAUGUUCGAAGAGGGUUCUUUUCGCCGCAGACCCCGGGGUUUCCGCAGGAAAUGCCAAGCUCUAAAGCCCAUGUAUCGCAUGAUGAACGGUAUUGGUUUCGGUGCGUCCAUGCUGACCCAAAACUUUGACUUUCAGUCACCCUCAGCGUCCCUAGCGUGUCACGCGAAUGGUUACAAUCUGGACAUGAUGCCAAACGCGGUUCCCGGAGUUCCUGGAGGAUACGACGGACUCGGGGCACCUCAUCACGUCCCUCACAUGUCGCCGAACCCGGGGUCCACGUACAUGACGGCUUGCCAGGUGACUUCGAGCAGCGAGUAUGGCCCAGAUAGCAGCAACAGCCCGUUGCACUCACCGCCGACGAUGGCCGGUUCUUUGGAGUGCCAUUCACCCUACACCGCCGCAUCGGCACACUGGGCUUCACCCAGCGUGUCUCCCUACAUCAAACAGCAACCCCUGGCCUCCAGUAGCCCGUCUUCCUCGGGCUUACACUCCAGCAUGUCGCCCUAUUCCCUGGAACAGAGCUAUCUGCAUCACAGCGGCAGGGAGGCAGCCGACAUCUCAGUGGGAAUACCGCGCUAUCAAACGCACUCUUCUCCAGUCUGCGACAGGAAAGACUUUGUGUUGAACUUUAAUGGCCUGGGCUCGUUUCACGCGACUGCCGGCGGGUCGUACUAUCACCAGCUGCAUCACCAAGGCGUCUGUCAGGACGUCAAGCCGUGCGUGAUGUAGGCCGAGGCGUGACGUCGAGCCGUGCGUGAAGAGCAGGGCAGAGCCGGACGAGGGGAGCGGAGGACAGAAGGUGGACCGGCUAUGCGGAGCAGUUUGUGUUUUAAGUAAUCAUUCGACGACACGUCUGUCAAUAUGAACGGUAAAAGCGGGCACGGGCUACGGGUCUCCGAGCAUAAAUUAUGAAAAUCAAGAGAAAAGACAAAAAUCACAGGCUCAUGUUGGACAUCAGCGUUCCGUUGAAAUGCACUCUUUAUGGACUCCUGUUUGGGCUUUCCCCAAUAGCAGUAUCUCAGAGCAUCGCUUCAGUCCAGUGGGACGGGGGGACGACUCACUUUUGACCAUAUAUAUUACGCCUGAACUGAACCCAUGUCUCUGUAUGACAAAGAUAAAGGUUUCUGUUCGUUUGUUUGUUUUAUCAAUAAUUGAGAAUACUGUUAGUGGGCGGUGGCGGUGUUAAAAUUGAAAAUGGGUUGCUACAGUAGGACUAUAGACACACGUUUCCCAUAAACGCAUCAUAAAUGUAUUACAAAAUCCCCAUAACAUUUUGUAAAAAAAAGAGACGUGAAAAAUCCGAUAUGGGAAAAACGUUAUUCACGAUUCCACGUAAAGGCACCGUGUUUCUGCGCCUGUAUGUCGUAGUUUCUCACCUACACGAGCCACAGCACAAAGACGACCAAGGAAGUUGCAUUUCACCCGCUCUUAUUUAAGACGGCCUUAUGCUAUGAAGCCUCAUACAAACUCGCACUCCAGACCCCUCGAUUGCCAUUGGACACAUUGCCAUUCUUUUACAGGGUAUAACUUUCUAUGGAUUUUGACUUCCAAAUAUAAAGCAGGAAAAAUACAUAAACCAAGUGUAAAAGAUAAUUAAUGACAGCACUUAUUUUAAUCCAACAUCACAGUAAAAUCUCCGUGUUGGUUUAACAUCUAGCAUUCACUGGGCGCCAGUGAAAUCCUGCAGACGUUAUUUUCUACAGGAGAUUUUCCUGCGAGGUUGCCUUAAUGCAUUUAUGUACAGUUC